AUGGCCAACGGCACGGCGGCGGUGUCCGUCUUCCUCCUGCGGGGCUUCUCGGCUGGCCCCGAGCUGCGGCCGCUGAGCGCGGCCAUCUUCCUUCUCGUCUACCUGGCCGCCAUCCUGGGCAACGUGUCCAUCGUGGCCGCCGUGACGCUGGACGCCAGGCUGCACACGCCCAUGUACUUCUUCCUCAAACACCUGUCGCUGGUGGACAUCUGCUCCACGUCCACCACCCUGCCCCGGGCCCUGCUGGCCGCCGCACUGGGCUCCGGGGAGAUCUCCGUCCCGGCCUGCGCGGCCCAACUCUUCGCCUUCGUCUGCCUGGGCUCCACCGAGUGCUUUCUCCUCACCUCCAUGGCCUACGACCGCUGCCUGGCCGUGUACCGGCCGCUGGUGUACGGCGUGGCCAUGAGCCCCCGGGCCUGCGUGGCCCUGGUGGCGGCGGCCUGGGGCGGCGGGCUGCUCUUCUCCGCCUUCCACACGGCCAACACCUUCUCCCUGCCCUUCUGCGGCCCCAACGUGGUCGACCACUUCUUCUGCGACAUCCCCCCGCUCAUGCGCCUCGCCUGUGCCCACGCGGCGGCCCACGAGGCCGCGGGCUUCGCCGCCAGUGGCUGCGUCAUCAUGAGCUGCUUCGCCCUCACGGUCUUGUCCUACGUCCGCAUCCUGGCCACGGUGCUGCGGAUCCGCGCGGCGGCCGGCCGCUGGAAGGCCUUCUCCACCUGCUCCUCCCACCUGGCCACCGUGCUGCUGUUCUACGGCACCGGCAGCUCCGCCUACAUGCAGCCCGCCGCCCGCUACUCCCCGCUCCAGGGCCGCCUGGCCGCGGUCUUCUACUCCGUCCUCACACCCACCCUGAACCCGCUCAUCUACAGCCUGCGGAACAGGGACAUGAAGGGCGCCCUGCGCAAGCUGUGCCUCCGGGGGCCAGCGUAG